UCAUGCGCUCAGUGAGUGGUGGGAGCGUCUCGGCCGUGCUCCCCACAGCCCUUCCUCGAGUCCCCACCGCAGGCUGCGGGGCGGGAGGCCGCUUCCCCCCGGCCCCGGCCGUGUCUCUAGCUCGGCCGGUGGCGGUAGCCAUGAGACCAGAAGAGCUGCAAACUAGUGCCGUUUUCUUGCUGCCCUGAGGAGGAUCUACUGACUGUGGUCAGCUGGUGCUUCACAACAUUGGCCUGUGAGUCUCAGCACUGACUAAAUUAGCUGAUGGCAACAGGGAACACAUGUUGAAGCCAGGAACUGAUUUUGCCACAAUGCGAUGCCUCAGCCACCCACUGCUCAGGAGGUUGCUGGGUCUUGCACCUCAGUGCGUGCCAGGGAGAUUGAGUCAAAGUCAAGGUCCUAUCCUCAGUCCAAAGCAGUCAUCUCUGAGGCAGAACUGCAGCACAAGACCUGGGUUUGUGACUGCCACUGAUGUGGUGAACUACUGGCAGAAGGUGUUCGAGACAAAUGGGAUCCCUGAAGCACGUGAAUCCAGUGAAUAUAUUGUGUCAUUUGCCCUGGGAGCAAAAACAUUUCAGAGCUUGAAUUCCAAAAGCCUGCAUACUCCACUUACAGCAGUGCAGCAGGAGCAAAUCCAGCAGCUGAGCAACAAGCGACUAGAAAGAAUGCCGGUGCAGUAUGUUCUUGGUGAGUGGGACUUUCAGGACCUGACUCUGAAGAUGAGACCCCCAGUAUUUAUUCCUCGGCCUGAAACAGAGGAUCUUGUCUCUUUAGUUGUGGAGGAAGAAUCUCGGAAAUGUGAGAAGAAUUCAGGUCUCUGCUUCCAAGUUCCUGUCUCUCAUCCUGUGAUCCUAGAGAUUGGCUGUGGCUCUGGGGCAAUUGCUCUGAGUCUGUUGUGCAAACUGCCACAGAGCCAGGUGAUAGCCGUGGAUAAAGAGGAGGCUGCUGUGGAUCUCACUAAGGAGAAUGCACAUAGACUGCAGCUUCAGGAGAGGAUCCACAUCUUCCACCAUGAUGUUUCAUACAGUUCUGCUGAGCAGCUGCUACUCUGGGGCCCCAUAGACUUCAUAGUCAGUAACCCUCCAUAUGUCUUCCAUGAAGACAUGGCUUCCUUGGACACAGAAGUCCUCCGCUAUGAAGAUCUUGAUGCACUGGAUGGGGGAGAUGAUGGGAUGAGAGUCAUCAAAACAAUUUUGGCUCUGGCUUCUUCUCUUCUGAAGGAUUCUGGGAGUGUGUUUCUGGAAGUUGAUCCCAGACACCCAGAUAUGGUGGACAGCUGGCUACAGGCACACCCCAACUUGCUGCUCGUCCUCCGUGCCAUUCACAAGGACUUCUGUGGCAAGCAUAGGUUUCUGCACAUCCAAAAACAAAGCAGAUGACAACUGUACCAGAAAUAACUCUUCUUUCAGUAUGCUUUUUGAUUGUGAGCCCUGCUGAACAGCUUGUUGAAAACUCUGCAUGGCAAAAGGACUCUCCACUUCAUUCCCAAGUGCACUGAAUUCUCCAGGCAGUGGCAGACCCCCUUGUUUCCCCGAUACAGACUUCAUCCAGAAAUGCAGAAGUUCAACAGAGCAUGCAGAAGUGUUUCACGUUCCUCAGGGAACUGUAUGCAACUUUUUAGUGUGCUCUGCUAAAGUGACUCAAUAAUCCCGGGACCCAAUAUGGAAGAGUUCAUAGCUCCAGAUAUUUCAUUAAAAAUACAGCUUGUCAACAUGUUAGAUCAUUGCUUUGACCUAGAAAGAAUUUCACCUCUUUUAUUUGCCUUGAGAUAUGUUUACAUAGAAUGUGACCAGAUUGGGUGAUAAGUCCAAACUCUGGCUUAUAUUGGCUUUGCAGGUGGGACAUGACUAAUCUGCACAUUUCAAAUUCAGUUCUGUUGCAGGAUCCUGAUGCUCUGGAGUAGAUCAGAUCUCCAACAGCAAGGCAGCUUUUGUUUCCCAGUCCUGCUGAGUGACGUAUCAUUGAAGGAUCAGUGCACAUGUUACACCAUCUGAAUCUCCAGCACCUGACACUUGGUGGAUACUCCCAGAAACAAUCAAAACAUUGUAAUAGAGUGCUUCAGAUCGGUGUCCUUACAAGAACUGCCGUGCAAUUACAUUUCCAAACAUGCUAGCAGACCUGAAUACAUCUGGCACCCACAGAUUGCUUCUGAUAGUAAUAGAAAUGCCUGACUUCCACGUAAGGCAUUUAAAUGCAAGACUUUACAAAGAAGGCCAGAAUUGCUACUCCAGUUUUGCAGAUGAAAAACAGGAGGUGAAAUUACUUGUACAAAAUUUGACAACAAGCUAAGUUUGGAGUAGGACCCAGUCUCUUGACAGCUGUGGGAACAGUUGAGGUCUGUUGCUUUGGGAAGGAUGACUCAGAGUAGGGCUGCCUGAAACAACACUGAGAGAAGUCCCUGAAAUGGACAGUCAACAUCACAGCAUGAUAAAUAAUGGCAGGAUUGAAUUUAAGCUGCUGCUUGUUGUUACUGCUGUUGUUGUUCGUUCCCUUCCUGACCAUAGACAGCCAGGGAAGGGAAGGAAAGCAAGCAAAUGAAAGAAUCAGGUCUACCAGUCUGAAUGGAAGCAGUUGCUGGGCCAAUGGAGGUGAGCACUCAGUAGGGGUGGAAGUGUCCAGACAGUGACCUUCGCAGCCCCUGUGCGCCAGGGAGGUGCUGCCAGGUGCUCUCUCCAGGCUGAACUGGCAGUGCAUAGCCAGAAAAGUAGGUAGGAGAUGCAUCAGCAAACUGCAUCUGUUUGGAAGGCUGCAGCAGAUCCAGAGGGCUUUACAUAAGUGCUAAGAGAUCUAGUCCCUUUCUUCUCUACCUCUCCCACACUCACACUCUCCACUCUUUCAUUCGCUCUGUAACUCUUGAACAUUGACCCUGCUUUUGUGUAGAUCCCUGAGUGCUCUCUGGUGUACCAGUGCUCAGGUCCCUGGUUGGAUCCUCUCCCCACCCUCUGGGCUUUUACAGCUGCACUCACAGAUGGGCCUUUCUACCCCAUCGUACCACUCACACUGCAUUUAUCCUCCCCACCGCUCUGCAUGGUCCAGUAGUUUGCUGUGCCCUGUACACUAUCUACUUGAAGCUAUGAGCCUUCUCUGGACUGCAGUACCUGCCCUGAUUAAACACAGUAGAGGAAAUCCAGGGAAGAGAGAAUGAAAAAAGUUGAUUUGAAGUACACUUGAUCCUAGAUUUGGAAAUAAAGUUCCAGCACAGCUGAUUUCUGGCAGGUUUGCCUGCUAGAGCUAUGAGUACAAUUUGCAGUGAAAGAGAUGUUAUUUUGUUUGGUUGUUGGUUGGUUGGUUGUUCAGUUAUUUUUAAAUAGUAGUUUAGGGUCUUUUUUUUAAGUUCAGUUUGUCAGACUGUUUAAAAAUUAAAUUUAGAGAAAUGAGUUCACAGUUCAUCGGGUGUUGGCAGUGUUUAUGUAUGAAAAAGAGCAACAAGUACAGCUUGCUUCUGCAGGGUAUUCUAAAAGCUGGAUAGUUUACUGGCUUAUGAGAGUGUUAAGUGGCAUCAUACUGCGUUCUUCAAGGGGUAGCCUGAUUCCCUGCAGCAGGCUAGAGUUAGAUGGCCGCCUGAGAGUGCGGGUGGCUGGGUUGCAGAAAGCAGUGUGCCUUUUCUUGGAAGCAUCAAUCAAUCACUUGUCUGAGCAGGACACUUUCUCUGUGAACAGAUUCUUGGUCUGAUCCAAUAGGACAAGUGUUAAAUUCCUAUGUUUAUAGCUAAAGCAAUAAUAAAAAUGCUUGCAUUUC